AUGGCUGCUAGCACACGAUGGUGGGAUUUUGAAAACAAGAGUUACUCUGCUAUAGGCUGGGGAAUUAAGGAAAUUCCUAAAGAAUUGUUGUGUCCACCAAUAUGUCACGAUGUUAGAAGGAUAAAGCUGCCGGGAAAUGAAAUAAAAGAUUUACCUUCAAAUAUCGGGACUUUAUGGACAGAAUUGAGAGAACUGUUGUUAGAUGUCAACAAACUGAGAUAUAUUCCGGAGUCAGUCUGUGAUCUAAAAAAGUUAGAAUCGCUGCACGUGAAUGGCAACAAAUUAAAAAGUCUGACUCCAUCUUUGGCCAAACUUACAAAUUUGAAGUCGUUUAAUUGUGACCAAAUUGAAGGAGUGUUACCAGAACGUGUGAAGAUUGUGAACAACCCAACGGAAAUCAGGCAACUAUGGGAUAAAUUGUUUCCACAGAAAACAG